AUGUCCAAAGAACCAAGAGCGGCAGCAUCAGCACCACCCGAUGAAGACUCAACGCCCUAUCUUCAUCCUCAUCCUCACCCGACCAUUCGCCUCCAUACCACAAAAAACAAUACAAACGGCCCAGUGACAGGCUCCACCGAGAACAGGAACAACAACGGACUAGACGUCCACACCCAGCAAUACCCCUCUCGACGGAGAAGUCUCCUCCUCAGCGAUAGCGAGAUCAGCGUCCUGGAUCUCGGUCCUAGUCUUGAGUUUGAGGUUGAGGCGGAGGAGGGCCCGCUGCGUCUGCGUGAGGGGAAGUAUGCGCAGCGGGAUUGUCGAGGGGAAGAGGGGAAAUGGGGGAAGGGGGCGUCGUUGGCUGUUCCUGGAAGACAGGGUUCCGUUGAUGAGAGUGCUACCGCUGGUGGUGGUGUGGCUGUGGCUGUGGGUGUGAGGGUUAUUUCGUCGCCUUUGUUGUCGCCGUUGAGGACGACGAAGAAGGGGAAUAGAGGGAAGGUGAGGGGUCGGGAGUCAAGUGCGGAGAAGGGAGGUGAAGGGGAGAGGUUGUGA